CGCGGGCGAGAGCGGCAGAGUCCCCGCCCCGCUACUUCCGGUCCCGCCGCCCGGAGCCGGUGCUGCUGUGAGGGGCUGCGCUUCGCCGCCGCCGGCCGGCCGGGCAUGGUGUUGGGCGCCGGUCCCGCCUCGCCUGUCUCCGGGUGCCCAGGGUAAAGGCAGCAGGAAUGCUGACGCUGGCGAGCAAACUGAAGCGGGACGACGGUCUCAAGGGGUCCCGGGCGUCCCCCGCAGCCUCCGACUCCACUCGGCGGGUUUCUGUGAGAGACAGGCUGCUUGUUAAAGAGGUUGCAGAGCUUGAAGCUAAUUUGCCUUGUACGUGUAAAGUGCAUUUUCCUGAUCCAAACAAGCUUCAUUGCUUUCAGCUGACUGUAACCCCAGAUGAGGGUUACUACCAGGGUGGAAAGUUUCAGUUUGAAACUGAAGUUCCCGAUGCGUACAACAUGGUGCCCCCCAAAGUGAAAUGCCUGACCAGGAUCUGGCACCCCAACAUCACAGAGACAGGUGAAAUAUGUCUCAGUCUGCUGCGAGAACAUUCGAUCGACGGCACCGGCUGGGCUCCCACGCGGACGCUGAAGGAUGUUGUUUGGGGAUUAAACUCAUUGUUCACUGAUCUCCUGAAUUUUGAUGAUCCACUGAACAUUGAGGCUGCAGAGCACCAUCUGCGGGACAAGGAGGACUUCCGCAGCAAGGUGGAGGACUACAUCAAGCGCUUCGCCAGAUGAUAGGCGGGGCCCCCGGCGGGCGGGACACGUCGGAAGGGCGCCUCCCGCCCACGCGCGCGCAAGGCGAGCCUCCUCCCCUCCGCGCUCCCCGCCCUCCCCCCGGCUCGCCGAGGCCGGGACCACGUGUCCUGAGGCAGCACCUCUCCACGAGCGCCCGUGGUAGAUGGGAGCUCCCGUGCAUACAGCAAGGAAACGUGUUUGGGGUUCUAAAGAGGUGUCUGCUUACCUUACCAUGUUUGCUUUUUUGAAACUGUACUGUAUAGGCUGUGGAUGAGAUUCUCCAAGUUGUGAUGAACUCAGAAUUGAGGCUAGAGCUCGCUUCUCCCCCUGUCCCCAAAGUCGUUCCCUGCACAGGUGACGCUCAUGACGUGCUCAGCGUACCUCGCCGGCCGGCGACCAGAAGCCCGCUACAAACUGUGAUUGGAUGCAGAUUCUCCUGGCGCCUUCCACGCGUGGGGGCCCCGCCUGGAUGGCGGGAGGCUCCCCCGAAGGCAUAGUCAUUCACUGUAGAUCUCUUACCCAAAGGCGUAUUUUAUUUAAUGUAAGUAUAUUUUGGAACAGAUUUGUAAUUUGUACAAUUUAAUGCUUUAAUUAUUUUUUUCUAUUCUCA